UUCUCCUUCUCCUCCUCCUCCUUCCAUAUCAUCAUCAUCAUCACACGUUCACAUUGCCAUUCCUGGUUCCCUCACUUCCCCCGACUUUCCGUCGGUUUCUGUUGUUUUUCUCCCCCUUCGUCCCUCGAGCUAAGAAUCGCUGCUUUGCACGGAAAGUCUUCCUCCACCCGUCCGACCUUCUUCCCUCCUGCUUAUCAUUAGCCUCCUACCCCGUUGAAUCAUUUCCCUUUGAGAUUUUUUUUCCCUUCUAUUUGAAAAGAAUAAAAAUAAAAGGGUGCAGGGGCAGCGGGUUUCGCUGAAUUCUUGAAGGGGUCUCCCUCUCUCUGUCUCUCUCUUUGCGAAGCGUUCAUAUGGGCAAUUGCUUACGUUCCUCUGCUAAAGUAGAAGCUACCCAGAGCUCCCGUUCCACUUUUGGAGUCUCGAAAAAUUCCAGCAAAACCAGCCGUUAUUCACCUCACUCAAGCGUGACCACACUAUCCGGCGGUGACAGGAGUUAUGCUUCAACUUCAAGUCUUCCGACACCAAGGUCGGAAGGAGAGAUUCUGUCCUCUCCAAAUUUGAAAGCAUUCUCAUUCAAUGAGCUGCGGAAUGCCACUAGGAACUUCCGUCCGGAUAGCCUUCUUGGCGAAGGGGGAUUUGGGUAUGUCUUCAAAGGAUGGAUCGAUGAACUCACUUUUGCCGCUGCAAAACCUGGAUCAGGAAUGGUUGUGGCGGUCAAAAAACUUAAGCCUGAGGGUUUUCAAGGCCACAAGGAGUGGUUGACAGAAGUUGAUUACCUUGGCCAACUCCAUCAUCCAAAUCUGGUCAAAUUAAUUGGAUACUGUGUGGAAGGUGAAAAUCGACUGUUGGUCUAUGAAUUUAUGCCCAAGGGGAGCUUGGAGAACCAUCUUUUCAGGAGAGGGCCACAGCCUCUUUCUUGGGCAAUAAGAAUCAAAGUGGCUGUGGGUGCUGCCCGUGGGCUCUCUUUUCUACACGAUGCCAAAUCUCCCGUAAUAUACCGUGACUUCAAAGCCUCAAAUAUCCUUCUUGAUGCGGAAUACAAUGCAAAACUCUCCGAUUUUGGAUUGGCUAAGGCAGGGCCAACUGGUGACAGGACUCAUGUGUCUACCCAAGUCAUGGGUACUCACGGGUAUGCAGCACCUGAAUAUGUUGCUACUGGACGGUUGACUGCUAAGAGCGAUGUCUACAGCUUUGGGGUUGUGUUGCUAGAACUGUUGUCCGGCAGGCGUGCAGUUGACAAAUCGAAAGUCGGGGUGGAGCAAAAUCUGGUGGAUUGGGCAAGACCCUAUUUGGGUGACAAAAGGAAACUGUUUCGGGUAAUGGACACCAAAUUGGAGGGCCAAUAUCCCCAGAAAGGAGCAUGUACAGCUGCAUCACUCGCUUUACAGUGCCUGAACAGCGAUGGCAAAGCCAGGCCUAAGAUGUCCGAGGUUUUGGCAAGCCUCGAACAGCUCGAGUCUCCCAAAAGCGGAGCCAAGCACAACCCGUCUGACCAUCACACUGCUUCGGCCACACCGCCAAAAUCCCCUCUGAGACAGCAGCGGUCUCCACUUAAUUCGACACCGAGCGUGUCGCCAUUGCAGUCUCACAGGCAUUCGGCGCAUGUUCGAUGAGGAGGACGAAGGCCUUGUGUUUGUAUAGUGGUUUGUUCCACAUACGUAAUGUGGUUUUGAUUGGUGUGCUAUACGAGCAUAACGUGUUUGACGAAAUUUUUGCAUCGUCAGUUAAACUGUGCUGAUCAACGAUGUAUCUUCUGUCACUCCAUGAGCUUCAUUUUUCUUUCGCUGGGCUUGGUGGCUGGUUUCAGUAA